AAUUUUCGAGCCAGUCCGAAAAGAGGGUCCCAAAAAAGCGUAACGGUUUGCCUUGAAUUGGACUUCAAUUUACAAUUCAACUUUGUCUUUUGUUUCCUUACAUUUCAUUUCAUUUCAUUUUCGUUCUAUUUGUACUUGUUCUUCUCUCUUUAAUUUCACUUUUGCUACGUUCUCGUCUUACAGAGAACACACAGGUCACAUUUGACUUAAUAUUUUCCCAAACUCCUGCUAAAACAAACCCGCUUCGCAUUCGCUUUCACGUCUUCGUCGACGCGCAUAGAACUCGACAUGGCAGAUGUAGACUUUGGCUUUGACUGGGGCGCUGAGGAGGAGGAAGAAGAAGAGGAGGAGCGAGCAAUCGAGGGAGUUGAGCAGACAGGCGGCAAUUCACAGGCCUCAGAAGAACAAAGUGGCGCUGAGGAUACACCGGCCAAUGGCAGACUGCCACCAGGGGUUGUGGUCCACCGCGUAGCCGCGUCGGACAAGCAGGCCAACCCGCACGGCACAACAGAGAGCUCGCUCAACCCGGUGCACCAGCACCUGGCGCGCCAGCACGAGCGCUCCAAGGACAUGGUCAUCAAGACGCGUGCGUCGUCGCCGCCAGCGCCAGUGUCGACGUCCAGCGCCAGCGGUGGCGUGCUGGCGACGCUGUUUGGGCGUCGCAGCUGGCAGGGUGACAAGGCAUCAGUGCAGACCGACAAGGAGCUGGCGCAGCCAGACAUCGCUGAUGACGGCGCGGCCGGGCUCGACGCCCUUAUGGGGACGUUCUUCGUGUCGCCGGCGGAUGAGGAAGCGCGGCUCGAGCUGACGCGGCACAAGCUGCUGAUGCUGCACAUGAUCCACCUGGUCUCGGUCGAAUUUGGUGCGGCGAUGCGGCCGGCGGUCUUCGUACCAGUGGUCGAGCGCGCCGCCAAGGACCGCGCGUUUGAGGUGCGGCGCGACGCGGCGGCGGUACUCGGCUCGCUGGCGCGCGCCGUGUCGGCCGACCUGGCUGUCGAUGUGCUCUUCCAGUGCUUCCUACAGCUGGCGCAGGACCCCGUAUGGCAGGUGCGCCAGAGUGCUGCGCGCCACGCGCUGCCCGGCUUGGCGCUGGUGCUGGCGGCGCGCGUUGCCGAACCCAGCACCGAGCGCGGUGACCCGGCCGGCUUGCUGGCCGCGUUCAUGUACGCCAAUCAGCCGCCACGCCCCGUUGCUGACCGCCAGUGGUUGCAGCUGAUCGAGCGGCUGGCCGGCCCGCGCGAGCCGUCGCACCAUGUGCGAGCCGCCGUCUUCGAGUCGAUCGGAAAGCUAGCGCUGGCGCUGGUCGACUGCGCGCGGUCGCGCGACGCGCUGGUGGAGCUGGUUGUCGGCGACGUGCAGCGCGCGCACAGCGAUACUGGGUCGGGACGCUUUGGGCUUUUUGGCUCAAACACCAGCCUGCAGGACCUCGAUGACGACGACGACGAAGAGGCUAACGAUGAGGCCGCCGAGGCCAGCUCAGUGAUGGCGCGCGCGCUAGGCACGAUCCAGGGCGUCGCUGCCGCAGCGUCGGCGCCCAAGCCAGCGGCAUCGGGAUCGGGGUUGGCAUUGGCGCUGGCAGCCUCAUCGUCGGCUGCAGCCUCGGCCGGACGCGGCAAGGACGCUGGCCGCCGCCAACACGGCCGGGCCGUCGGGCGCGAUGUCCUAUACCAGUGUGCGUUCAACUUUCCAGCCGUACUGGCGUCGGUCGGUGUGGCCGGCUGGGAACGGCUUCGUGACGUCUUCAUGCAGCUGAGCAAGACGGAGCACUUUGAGGCGCGCCAGACGCUGGCGUGCUCGCUGCACGAGGUUGCACGCAUUUUGGCAGCGUCUGAGAGCGAGAAUGCCGGCCACAGCAGUGAUUUGGAGAGCAUACUAUGCCUGUUCCUGAUUGACGGCGCUGAGAUCAAAAUGGGCGCGCUGCGGCAUCUGGCGACACGCUCGCGUGGCUGUCGCGUGUUCAAGCAUGAUGGCAAGCAGUGGCGCACGCGCGAGCUGAUGGCUUCGCAGCUGGUCAAGCUGUGCCAUUUGUUUCCGGCCGCCAUCGUCGUCAGCAGCCUGUUGCCGCAGGCUGUCGAGUGGGCCCACGAUCCGGUGGCCGGCGUGCGCGCGGCUGUGGCGCCGGCCUUUCCGAUUGUCUUUGAGCUGACCAAGCUGGAUCCAUCCACGCAGGUCAAGUUUUUUGAGACCGUAAUUUCGUUCUCGCACGCUGCAACCUUCCGCGGCCGCCUGUUUUUUGUCGAGAUCUGCUCGGCGCUGCUGGCCCACGACCAGGACCCGGACGCCGACCCCGUUGAUUUCGACCAGUUUUUCUUGCCGUCGCUGGCCGCGCUCGCAUCGGACCGCGUCGCCAAUGUGCGUAUUGCCCUGGCGCGCUUGGUCCGCCGCAUGCUAGAGAACCGCAUGCGGCGCCAGAGCAUCUCGACCACGCUCGCUGACAUGUGGGUCGCUGUGUGUCCGCCCGCCGCCAAGCUGGAUGGCAAUGGCGUCGACGCAGUGGACAAGUCGCUUCGCCGGAUAACCAGCGAGGCGCUGAUCAAAUCGCCCUCGGCCGAAUCAGCACUGUCAACGGCCGAGCCCCCGCUGGCAGGAUCGAUGACGGGGCUGGCCCGGCAGAUGAGGCCAACAGCCGCUUCUACGCGCAUCGCUCGCUGGGGUCGGUUGCACGGCGCCGCGGCGAAACACCACGCCGAUGCGCGCGCACCUGUUGGCCAUGAUGGUGCAGCAGUUGGCCAAAGACACCGACCGCGACGUGCUUGA